AUGGGCCCCGACGAGCGUAUUCUUGGUACACACGUGACGCUUAGGGAUGCUGCACCGCUGACAAACGGUGUGAUUGAAACUGGAAAUACUGGAGCCACCAUCCACUUUGGUGGGCUCGAGUUCUCAGCAGCUACUGCAAGGGCAGCAGCCGUUCCUGUGUACGGCGUAAACUCUGAUGAAUUUUCUGGAAGGUCUCACUCUGCAAGGAUUAGUGCUGCCCAAGGAAGAGUUUCUGUCUUUGAAAGAUUAUCCGAAUCUGAGGCCCUUACUACAAAAAGGGUUGUUACUGGAAGAAAGAUCUCUAUGGUGACUGCUAACACCACUAACUUGCACCAGAAGAACUGGAAGAUGGUGGACAAGCUGCUACGAUGGACGAGCUCAAAGAAGGACUGUUUUACCUGGACAUAUACUGAGAUGCCCGGCUUAUCCCCUGAUAUGGCAGUUCACAGAUUAGCCAUCAAGCCUGAUGCAGUACCCGUCAAAACGCCUAUAGGCAUAUUCUGCUACACAGUCAUGCCCUUCGGCCUGAAGAAUGCUGGUGCCACAUAUCAAAGGGCGAUGACUCGUAUAUUUGAUGAUUUAAUUCAUCAAAAGGUCGAGUGCUAUGUGGACGAUCUUGUUGUCAAAAUCAUGGAUAGAAGAUAUCACCUAAGUGAUUUGAGAGUUGUGUUCGAGAGGAUCAGAAAAUAUGAUCUGAAGAUGAACCCUCUCAAAUGUGCAUUCCUCCGGCAAAUUAUUGGGAUAUGUUGUUCGACAUCGAGGUUUAUAUCGAAUAUGUCGGGUAGGUGUCAGCCAUUUUCAAAGUUAAUGAAGAAAGAUGUCCGAUUCAAAUGGGACGAAGAGUGCCAAGAAGCGUUUGACAGCAUUAAGAGAUAUCUGUUAAAUCCGCCCAUUCUUGCGGCGCCAAUCCCCGGGAAGCCUCUUAUACUGUACACGGCAGCACUAGAAGAGUCCCUCAGAGCAUUAUUGGCUCAGCAUAAUGAAGAAGAAAAAGAAAAUGCGCUCUACUAUAUCAGCCGGAGGUUGAUAGGAGCAGAAAUCCACUACUCCCCUAUCAAGAAGUCAUUUGGCGAGAAAGCAGUGAAAGGGCAGGUGUUAGCAGACUUUCUUGCUGCACAUCCUAUCCCUGCAGAUUCACCACUCAACGACGAUCUACCUAACGAGCAGAUCAUGAAUGUUGAAGAAGAGGAGAUGCUACGACGUACUCGGCCUCCAAAUCUAGAGAAAGCUCAAGCCGGAAUCGGACUCAUUUUCGUGGCGCCCGAGGAAGGCAUAAUGAGAUUCUCUUUCAGCUUGACUGAACCUCGUACCAACAAUGAAGCUGAAUAUGAAGCUUUAAUAGCAGGAUUGGAGAUUGCAAUUGAUGUCCGAAUCCGAAAUCUCCAAAUCUUCGGUGAUUCUCAACUUAUUUUAACUCAAGUUCCCCGAGGUCAAAAUGGCAAAGCUGAUUUUCUUGCCAAACUGGCUAAAGAAAUGGCAAAUAUGGAUGAUGAAUGGCCCAUCAUAAUUAUGGUGCACAAUCGUCGGAUCCUAGAGCCAGCAUUACUACAAUUCCCGCAGUCAGAGGGAAUACCAAAUUCAAGCCAGCAGGAUACAACUCCAGUUGAUCCUCAACCUACCCAACCAGUUGAUCUUGAAGAUCAACUUGAAGAACAUCAAGUUCCUAAGAAAAGACGCAAGGUCAGUCAAGCUUCAGAAUCAUGGUGGCAUUGCCUAGAUGUCGAGGAAAAAAAUGACUGGAGGCAACCUUUCGUUGAUUACUUCAAGGAAGGUAGACUACCAACAGAAAAAUCAUUAGCUGCUCAAAUCAGAAAGAGAGCACUAUGA